AUGAUUAAUAUUAAUAGCUCUUUAGAAUUAUAUAAUUGGGAUGAAUUAAAUAAACUAAUUUGGAUAUCAAGAUGUAAUGCUACUAUUGCAUGGGAAAAGACUAGAAAUAUUGGAAGAAAAGAAAAAUUAAAUGAAUCUGAAAAUAUGGAUUGUUAUUUCAAAUCCUCUCACCAACAGGCUAAACACUUAAAACAGGAUAAACAAACUUUAAAAAUGAACAAUUGUUCAGAUUUACAGGAAGAUCAAAUUGUAGUACUUGAUGAUAUUUCAAUUGAGUUGGAUUCAGUACAGUCUGAAAAUUCAUUAAAUGAAAAUCACAUUUUAUCAAAGUGUUAUAGAGUGGGAAAAAAAGCUCAAGAUCAGAUGUGUUUACUAAUUAGUAAUAACUGGUGGUAUAGUUGGGCUUAUAAGAAAACAAAAAAUAUUAUUAACAAUAUUAUAAUAGAUCUAAUAAUAAUAUAA